GGCCGGGCCCGGCGGGCGGAGGCGGCGGCGGUGCCGGGCCGGGCCCGGGGCUCGGAACUCGCAACUCCAUCAUGGAGUUCCCUUUCGACCUGGCCCCGGUGCUGGGCGAUCGUUUCUGCGUGGUGGAUCAGCACCUGCGGCCCGCGGGGCGCGGCGGCGGCACCGUCAAACGGGAGGAGCUGGAGCAGCAGCUGAGGACGGUGAUCGAUGAGCUGGGCAAGGCCUCGGCCAAGGCCCAGGGCCUCUCCACCCCUGUGACCAGCGCGGUGCGAAUGGAGAGCAACAGGCACGUGCUGUACAUCCUCAGGGACACGCGGUGAGAGCCCCAAAAUCGGGGGUGUGUGCUGGGGUUCCUCAAGGUGGGGUACAAGAAACUCUUCCUGCUGGAGCGGGACGGGUCCCACGUGGAGGUGGAGCCUCUCUGCGUUUUGGAUUUUUACAUCCACGAGUCGCAGCAGCGCCGGGGGCUGGGCCGGGAGCUCUUCCGGGAGAUGCUGCAGCGGGAGCGGGUGCAGCCCCACAAGCUGGCUGUGGACAGACCCUCCGAGAAGCUCCUGGGCUUCCUCAAGAAACAUUUCGGGCUCUGCGACCUCAUCCCGCAGGUGAACAAUUUUGUCAUCUUUGAGGGAUUUUUCUCCACCAGAACAGCCCCAGCCCGGCGCCCGUUCCCGCGGCCCCGCCCCGAGGAGCCCAUCAAACCCUACUCGCUGAGCGAGCGCCACUUCCUGCGGGAGGAGCCCGAGCCCCCCUGGCCCUUUAACCUGGGCCGGGGGUCCCCGGUGCGGGGCAGCCUGCGGCCCUUCCUGGUGCGCAGGGAGACCCCCCCGGGAACCCCCCCGGGCACAGAGAGCCCCCCGGAGCCGCCCCCGCGCCGGGCCAGCUCCCUGGGGCGCGUCGGCCGCUGACCUCCCCCAGCCCCUCCCCCCUCCGGCCACUGACCACUGACCCCCCCCCAUGGCCACUGACCCCCCAAUGGCCACUGACCCAAUGGACUCAACUGGAACCAGUUCCUGCCCCAUAACCCAACUGGGAACCAGUUCCUGCCAUACUGGGAUCCAGUUCCUGCCCCAUAACCCAACUGGGAAUCAGUUCCUGCCCUACUGGAAACCAGUUCCCACCCCAUAACCCAACUGGGAACCAGUUCUCACCCCACUGGGACCAGUUCCCAUCCCAUAACCUCACUGGGACUAGUUUCCACCUUACUGGAAACCAGUUCCCACCCCAUAACCCAACUGGGAACCAGUUCUCACCCCACUGGGACCAGUUCCCAUCCCAUAACCUCACUGGGACCAGUUUCCACC